AGUAACAGCUUUCCACUGUCUGCCCCACCAAGAACACUGGUUCAGACGAUCACACACAGACAAGAGCGUCUUUGCGAACAUCCAGGAAUUGGUUUAAGUUCCAGCCCUCCCCUGAGCAACAAGAUCGGGAACUGGAUACAUCGAAGAAGAGCAGCACCCCCAGUAGACCAGAAUUGCCGGAGCAAUACUUCACUUCUCUCACAUGCCACCAGCAUCCACCACAGUGCCAGCUGGCUCUCAAGAAGUACUUGGAGCAGGAAUGAAAAGAAGGCCCAGUUAUUUUUGUUGAUGCUCGAGGCACAGAGAGAGAGAGAGGCAGAGACGCAGGCAGAGAGAGAAGCAGGUUUCAUGCAGGAAGCCCGACGUGGGACUCGAUCCUGGGUCUCCAGGAUCCCACCCCAGGGUGAAGGCGGCACUAAACCACUGGGCCACCGGGGCUGCCCUAUCUCUGAUCUUUUAGAUGUGAACAAACAGACCAGAGAAGUAAUUCAGCCAUUGCGCCAGAAAACUACGACGUGGACUAUUAACACCGCCAAGCACUUCACCGGCAAACGGCCCGUCUCCAGGGUGGAAAUGCACUUCGUGACCCUCACGUCAUCCCCGAACGAGUCUCCGAUGUCCCCGCCUUGCAAAAUAAAGCGCAAGCCCACGAGGGCAGCAGGACCCGCGGGUGUGCGCUUCCCACGCGCAGCGGGCGGGGCAGGGGGCGGGGGCGGGGGGACUGGCCCCGCGCGCGGCCGCCGUUCCGCAGCCAACAGCCGUCACCGUGGCCAGGCCGGCGGGCCCCGCGAUGCUGUCUCUCUCCUGCUGAUGCUCUCAGGUCUGGGCCGGCUGACCUCCGCGGGCCAUCAUCCUGAACCAUCCCUUCUACAAAUUACCGUGCCGCGGAAGAUUGGGACAAGUACCAAUGACGGUGAAGAUUUCAAAACACAUGUCAUUUAUGCCAUCAAAAUUGACAGGGAAACCUAUACUCUCCAUCUUAAAAAACAGAAUUAUUACUAUAGAGUCCUGCAACAAACAUCCUUGUCAUUUUUAGACCCUCAUUUCCUGGUGUAUGCAUACAACAAAUUAGGAAAAUUGUAUCCAGAUUCUUCUUUUGAAAAGGGCCAUUGCUUUUAUCAAGGAUAUGCUGCAGAAGUUCCAAAAUCAGCUGUGACACUUAGCACCUGUUCUGGACUUAGGGGAUUAUUGCAGUUGGAGAAUGUCAGUUAUGGCAUUGAGCCAGUGGACUCUACAGCUGCAUAUGAGCAUAUGCUUUAUCAAAUAAAUAAUGAUAAAAUUGAUUUUUCUCUCUUACACAAAAAUCCUAUGCCCCAAUUGGUACAAAAGUCCUACAAGAUUCUUGUGAAAUCAGAAAAAGAUUCAGAUAUACUAUUAAAAAGAAUUCUGAAAAUACAAAUCAUUAUGGAUAAAGCCUUGUUUGAUUAUAUGGGCUCUGAAGUGGCAGUUGCAGCUGAGAAAGUUGUCCAUAUCUUUGGUCUUGUCAAUACUAUGUUCUCCCAGCUUAAAGUGACUGUUAAGCUAACUUCUUUGGAGCUCUGGUCAGAUCAAAAUAUGAUUUCAACUAAUGCGGAUGCUGAUGAAGUACUACAGAGAUUUGUGUCAUGGAAAGAACAAUUUUUGUUUCAAAGAUCCCAUGAUCUAGCAUAUUUAUUAAUUUAUAGGGAUCAUCCUAAUUAUGUAGGAGCAACAUAUCAUGGAAUGGCAUGCAAUCCAAAGUUUGCUGCAGGAAUUGCUCUGUAUCCACAGGUGAUAACUUUAGAGGCGUUUUCAGUUGUUAUAGCACAGUUGCUUGGAAUUAGUCUGGGAUUAACAUAUAAUAAUGACAUCUUCACUUGUUACUGCCCAGGAGCUACAUGCAUAAUGAACGCCAAAGCAAUACGUUCCCAUGGUGUAAAGUUUUUUAGCAGUUGCAGCAUGGAUGAAUUUAAACGUAUGGCUUCACAGCCUGAAUUUGAAUGUCUUCAGAAUCAAGCCAUUUCAAAUGUGGGUUACCACACAGCAAGUUCACUCUGUGGCAAUGGAAUUUUGGAAAACUCAGAACAAUGUGAUUGUGGUAGUACAGAGCAGUGCAAAAAAUAUGAAAAAUGCUGUAAUCCUGAAGAUUGUACUCUGCUUGAAUUUGCAGAGUGUGGCACUGGACCAUGCUGUAAAAAAGAUACUUGUCAGAUAUCCACCAAAGGAACUGUAUGUCGGGAAAGUAAAGAUCCCUGUGAUUUUCCAGAAUUUUGUGAUGGAAUACAUGAGAAUUGCGUACCUGAUGUGCAAUCUGCUGAUUUAGAACCAUGCAAUAAUAACACUGCUUAUUGCUAUGAGGGAAAAUGCCGAGAUACAGAUAAACAGUGUGCAGAGUUAUUUGGAAAAUUUGCAAAGGGUUCUACUUCUCUGUGCACACAAGAAGUGAAUAUGCAGGAUGAUGAUUUUGGAAACUGUAGAGGAGGAUUUUGUAAUUUUAGGGAUAUCUUAUGUGGAAAGAUAGUUUGUCACUGGACACAGUUAGAAAUAAUACCAUUUAAAAAAUUUGAUAUUCAGUAUACUUACAUGGAAGGCCAUUUGUGUGUCUCUGCAUAUUUGAGAACACCAGCAGCACAUUUAAGAGAAGAUAUUACCUAUACAUCAAAUGGCACUAUGUGCGGUCCAGAUAGGUACUGUUACCUGGGACAGUGCUCUUCUAGGACUUCAUUUAUACAGAGAACAAACUGUGACUCAAAAAUAAAUUGCAGUGGACAUGGGGUUUGCAAUAAUUUGCUUCAUUGUCACUGUGAUGUUGGAUAUUCUCCUCCACUUUGUAAACCAUCACGAACAUCACCAGGAGGAAGUAUUGAUAACGGGUUUUGGAAUAGGGGAAGUGAUGAUAACAACCUGAUUAUAAAAAGACGUGCUUCUUUUCGAAAAAAUAGCCUCUUGUUUGGUUUCUACAUUUUUCUACCUCUCCUUAUUAUAGCUGCCAUCAUGGCUUUUAAAUGGAAUAAACUAAGAUCUGGGAAUCGAGAGGGAACAGCAACUGAAGGAACUAUAUCAGAAGACAGCAAUAAUAACAGCACCCUGUCAUAGAGUUAAAGUGUUUAAAAAGCCAUAGGUUGGGAAAAGAGUAUUACCAAGACAUUCACCAUUAACUCUGAUCUGAGAAUGAAAAAAAUCUACUAGUCUCUCCUUUUGUUAUGGCUUAAAGCUUUCAAUUUCACAAAUAAAAAUAAAUCCUGAGAGUGAAAGUA